CUAAUGCGGAUAAACAAGCUAACUAAAGAAUCAUGAGUAGUAACUCAAGCUUAAAGCUACAAUUGCUUAACAUUUGUAAACUUUUAAUUACAAUCAUAAUUCUAAAUGAAAUUACUCUUGUGACCGUCUCAGGGGUGGAGUACUACACAGAGAAACCAUCCUUUUUGCCCUCAUGUCGGAUCUAUGAGCCGGGCUUUACAAAAUGCUCUACCAACAGUAUUCAGAAACUUAUCAAUCAACUAAGCAUUGGCAUUCCAGAGGUACUCGAAAGUUUUGGAAACUUUGAUCCUAUGAGAGUGCGGAAUAUUGUAUUCAAGCAGGAUAAUAAUGAAGUGGCCACAAUAAGGGCCAAUCUCACAGAAUUAGUGGUUAAGGGUUAUUCAAAAACAGAAAUCAAAGAAAGUCGUGUCAGUAAAAAGGAUUUUAGCUGGCAGACGAAACUGUUUUUGCCCAAAAUGCGUCUGGAUGGCAAAUAUAAAAUGAAUGGACGCAUUUUACUGAUUCCUUUAAGUGGCUCCGGCAACAUAUUCAUAGAGAUCGAGAAUAUGGAUAUAUUGAUGCUAACCAAGACGCGUUUAUAUGAGAAAGGUGGUUUCACUUUCUAUAAUCUAACAUCCCUGAGAGUGCAUCUAAACAUGACUAGGGUACGCACUCAACUGGAUAAUCUCUUCAAUGGCCGCAGCAAGGAAGUGGAAAGAAGUACCAAUCAGUUUUUCAACGACAAUUGGAGAGAUUUCUAUGAGGCAUUGCGUCCGCUGAUUGUUGAGACAGUGGAGAGUAUUUUGCUUGAAUGGUUGUCCAAGGUUUUUCAUCUGAUUCCAGCAAACUUCUUUGUGGAGGAUAUACCAACACCUCAACAGCUCUAUGGGCCAAAAGCAACCACUUCGAAUGGCAGUUAAGUUCAAAGUGUAUUUUUUUUUUGUAUUAUCAUGGGAAUCCAAUAAAUUUUGCGGUACUACAAUGUAGUGAUAAAUUAAAAA